UUGUCUUUUUGGUGAAAAAAAAAAAAAAGAGAGGUGAGAUUGUGGUUUCAAACUGUUGAAGAAAGUGCAAAGAUUUGUGGAAAUCUUUUCUUUAUGGUGACCCUGGCUGGUCUUAUAAACACAAGACCCCAAAAAAGAAGUGAAAGACAAUCCUAAAAAUCUCUAACACCCCCUCACUUCUUCUCUUCCUUGCCUCUCCUAACCAAUAGGAGAACAUGCUUGUUAGCUUUCCCGGACAAAACAACAUGCUUGUCUUAAGAAGCUUCAUGAUCUUGUUCUUCAGCUGCAUAACCAUUAAAAUCAACCUCUGUUUUCCAAGUAUUCCUUCUUCACUAAAAACACUUUCCAUUGAUGGACAUUUCGAUUUUGAACAAGUCGAGCAUGCAGCUAAAGAUUUUGGUAAUAGAUACAGUUACCUCCCUUUAGCUGUUUUAUACCCGAAGUCAGUUUCCGACGUUGCUACCACAGUGAAUCAUGUUUGGCAGAUUGGUGGCGGUUCAGAACUAAAAGUAGCAGCUAGAGGGCAUGGUCACUCACUCCAGGGACAAGCACAAGCUCACCGAGGUGUUGUGAUCAACAUGGAAUCACUCCAAGGCCUUAAAAUGCAGGUUCACACUGGGAACUUCCCUUAUGUGGAUGUAUCAGGUGGUGAGUUAUGGAUAAAUAUACUGCGUCAAAGCCUGAAACAUGGGUUAGCACCAAAAUCUUGGACAGAUUACCUACAUUUAACAGUUGGUGGCACUUUGUCCAAUGCUGGGAUCAGUGGACAAGCAUUUCGGCAUGGACCGCAGAUCAGUAAUGUUUACCAACUGGAAGUUGUAACAGGGAAAGGAGAAGUGGUGAAUUGCUCUGAGAAACAGAACAGUGAUCUGUUUUACAGCGUCCUUGGAGGAUUGGGUCAGUUUGGCAUCAUAACAAGGGCGAGAAUAUCACUUGAACCAGCACCCGAAAUGGUCAAAUGGAUUAGGAUGGUGUAUACAGAUUUUGCCACAUUUACUAGGGACCAAGAGAAGUUAAUAUCAGGACAAAGCACAUUUGAUUAUGUUGAAGGAUUUGUGAUAAUAAACAGGACUGGUUUAUUGAAUAACUGGAGAUCAUCAUUCAAUCCACAAGAUCCUCUACAAGCUAGCCAAUUCAAGUCUGAUGGAAGGACGCUCUUUUGUCUUGAAUUAGCAAAGUACUUUAACCAUGAAGAUAUGGUACUAGUAAAUCAGGAAAUAAAGACAUCAUUAUCUCAGUUAAACCAUAUUCCAUCCACACUGUUUAUAUCAGAAGUUCCAUACAUGGAGUUUUUAGACAGGGUUCACAUUUCUGAGAUCAAACUCCGGUCGAGAGGAUUGUGGGAAGUUCCACAUCCAUGGCUUAAUCUAUUCAUCCCAAAAAGUAAAAUCCAUAGUUUUGCUCAAGAGGUUUUUGGCAAUAUCCUUACAGAUACAAGCAGUGGCCCCAUUCUUAUCUACCCUGUUAACAAAUCGAAAUGGGACAAUAGAACAUCUGUUGUGAUACCAGAAGAAGAUGUUUUCUAUUUAGUGGCAUUCCUUUCGUCUGCGGUACCUUCUUCAACAGGAAAUGAUGGAUUAGAGCAGAUAUUAAUUCGAAACAAAAGGAUUUUAGACUACUGUGAGAUAGCUGGCCUUGGUGUAAAGCAAUACCUGCCCCACUUUUCAACACAAGGAGAAUGGAAAUCCCAUUUUGGCCCACAUUGGGAAGCUUUCAUUAGGAGAAAAUCCACUUAUGACCCCUCGGCUAUACUAGCUCCGGGCCAAAGAAUAUUUCAAAAGCCAAUAGCUUACUCAUGAUAAACAUCAUCUUAUUAUAUCUAAAAGGAAAAACAAGGGGAAAAAAGGAGCUUUUGCAGCAUGCAGGCAAAUGUGCUGCAAAUUCAUACUGAGGAAGCUUAAGACUAGUACAACUCUUUUUUUUUCUGCCAAAAAGGUUAAACCUAUCAUAUUUUAAUUAUUGACUACAAUUGUAUACCAGUGCCUUAACGAGGGGAUGUAAAUACUGAACUUGCCAGAUAAAGGCUAAUUCUUUUCUCUACAAA